AUGUACAUAAAGCAAAAUUCGGUGAAAUCAAUGAUAAUUGUCGCGCGACGCGGAAAAAAACGGGCAAAUUUGACACCGGAAGCAAUGACUGCAUUUACAGCACUCAUCAAUUUGCUAGUUAAGGUAAGUUUUUUUUGAAAAUCGAAUUUAGACAAAAUCAAGAUUUUUGCAGGAAACUUUGACGAGAUGCGCUCAAACAGCUGCAAAUACAAAUGAUAAAACAGUGACAAAAGAGCAUUUUCAACGAGUGAUUGCUCAGAUUAUGAUGGAUUUUAAUGUUUGA